AUGGCCGCGCAAAGUGUGCAGAUUUCUAGCCUUCUGGAGAAGAUGACCUCCGUGGACAAGGACUUUAGGUUUAUGGCGACGAACGAUCUGAUGGGAGAGUUGGAGAAGGAGGCUUUGAAGCUCGACGACGAGAUUGAGAAAAAGGUAAUAAAUAAAACUGUUAGAUUUAUCAAACUAAUAACUUUUAAAGAAUAUUGUUUUUAAGUUUUAUAUUGAUAUCUUUAAAUGUUUUUGACUUUUAAUAUCGUUUAAGAUUACUCGGACGUUGUUAAAGUUGCUGGACGACAAAAACGGGGAAGUUCAGAAUCUGGCGGUCAGAUGCCUGGCUCCAUUGAUGCACAAAGCGAAACAUGGAAAUGUAAGUCUUUAUCAUAUUAUUAUUGAAAUUUUAGGUUGACUUUAUUAUUCAAACCUUGUGUCAGAACCUACACGGAACGUCGGAACGCGACCGUGAUGUUAGUUCGAUCGCUUUGAAGACGGCUGUGUCAGAGUUGUCGACCCAGCUUAGUUCUGUUCAAAUCAAGGAUAUAUUGGGCAUCAUUUUCCCGAAACUUAUGGAUAUUUUGCGUAUGUUUCUUUAAUUUAAGGGCUUUAUUGUACUUUAUCUUUAAUUAUGGAGAUAGUAUACGAAAGAAGACAUUUUUAAAAGUUUCAGGUGGUAAUGGACAGCAUGAUUCAGCAUUUAAAAUUGAAAUCACUGAUAUUUUGGGUAUCUUGAUCACCAAAUUCAGCCACACUACUUUUAUAAACUUUGAAGAAGUUGUCGACGUCUUGUUCUACCAACUCUCGAAAGACCGUCAAUCUCUAAGAAAGAGAGCGAUUACCGUGUUAGGACAAGUUUCUGAAGUGGUUGAAGAUGACGUCUACUGCGACAUUGUGAAUCGUCUCUAUGAAGGCAUCGAAAGUGGAUCUAAUUCUGUUGUUCGUGCUCACGUUUUGGCGGCAAGCACGGUCUCACGGUCUGGACGUGGUUUGAAGGGAAGGCUUCACGAGUUCAUUAACGUGUUAGUUAACUAUUGUCGAGAAACGGACGACGAUGAACUAAAGGAUGCUUGUGUUCAUGCUUUCGAAGUAUUCAUAUUCAGAUGCAGCAAGGAGAUAAGCCCGUUUUUGAAUGAAAUUCAAAGCAUUUGUAGUGAAUUUAUCAAGUACGAUCCUAACUAUCAGUACGACGAUGAGAAUGGCGAUGAUUCUAUGGAAGUCGAUCGUAAGUCAUCGGUUUUAUUAAAAAUAUUAAUACUUUGUACAAAUUUAUAUCAAAUUGCAAAUAAUCAUUUUUCAGAGAAUGAUUCUGAGGAAGAAGAAGACGAUCUGGACGACUAUUCAGACGACGAUGAUUUCAGUUGGAAAGUGCGAAGAAGUGCUGCUAAGUGCUUCGAAGCCUUGAUCAACUACAGAACUGACCGUCUUGGCGAUCACUACAACCAAAUUGCUCCGCUGUUGUUAAGCCGCUUCAAAGAAAGAGAAGAGAACGUCAAGAUCGACAUCUUCAAGGCUUACGAGGCGUUGUUAAAACAAACUCGACUGUACCUGCCUGAAAAAUUGGCUCAAUUUGACAAUUCUAGCAAUAUCAGCCCAUUUACUACAAUCGAAUCGAAGAAUGUCAUCUACACUAAAGAGUUUGCGAGAAAGGUAUUGGAUGAGGAAACUGACAACAAACAGAAGACAGUUCUGAAUGCCUACAACGAACAGGUCUCAAAGUGUGUGAAGGCGAUCUGUAAGCAACUGAGAUCAAAGUCACCUAAUGUCAGGUUGAACUGCUACUCAUUGUUGAUUCAUUUAGUCAGGUAAGAAGUGUACGAUUCUUGUAUCUUAUUUUUAAGGCAUAAAUGAGAUAAAAAGAUUAUUGUUGUUUCAGAAUUUAAGAAAUAAUGUUUUGCGACAUAAUUUAAAUAAAUGAUCUUGAUUUAGAGCUUUUCCUGGAUGCUUGGAGAACCACUUUGAUGUUCUUAUUCCGCUGAUUCAAUCUUCAGUCAAUGAAUCCUCGGCUGAUAACGCGACCAAGAUCGAUACUCUUCAGUUUUUGAACUUGUCAUUCUGUUCCCACGAGUCUCAAGUAGGUUUUUUUUUAAAAGACGAUUUCUGAGACGGUGAAGCAGCCUGAAACAGGCAGGUGCACUAGAAAUUAACCCCCUGUUUUUAUCGUCUUAAUGCAUGAGAUAAACCGUUUUAAGAUGUAUAGUGAAGUUUUUUUGCACAAAAUGUCAUUUUGACAUUUUUAUGACAUUUUUUGCCAAAAACAGUGAAAAUUUAUAAUAAUUUUAAAAAUUAGCAGAAUGUUUUAAAAAUUAGUACACUUAUGUUUUUAACUAUGCUGAUUAAAAUUGUAGUUGAACAUUUUUUUCUAAAGUUACCGUAACCUACCGUAACCCGCCCGGUCAAUUAUAAAAGUGCAAAUAAAAAAAAAUUUAACACGGUUAGUCAUAGUCAAUUUUAGCAUAUUUGAAAUCUACAUGAAAUUUGGGUUUGAAUAGACGGUACGCUCAAACUUAAAGCUGCCAGUUUUUGGGGUUUUUGGUCAAUUAAUUAAUUACGGUAGGAUACGGUCAAAAAAUUAAAAAAUUACUGUGCCAUUAUUACCGUCUAUUCAAACCCAAAUUUUAUGUAGAUUUCAAAUAUGCUAAAAUUGACUAUGACUAACCGUGUUAAAUUUUUUUUUAUUUGCACUUUUUUAAUCGACCGGUUGGGUUACGGUAGGUUACGGUAACUUUAGAAAAAAAUGUUCAACUACAAUUUUAAUCAGCAUAGUUAAAAACAUAAGUGUACUAAUUUUUAAAACAUUCUGCUAAUUUUUAAAAUUAUUAUAAAUUUUCACUGUUUUUGACAAAAAAUGUCAUAAAAAUGUCAAAAUAACAUUUUGUGCAAAAACACUUCACUAUACAUCUUAAAACGGUUUAUCUCAUGCAUUAAAACGAUAAAAACAGGGGGUCAAUUUCUAGUGCACACCAUGCUUCACCGUCUCAGAAAUCGUCUUUUAAAUUUUGGUGUUUUAAUAUUUUUUAUCGAUAUAAAUUGUGAUAUUUUAGGUAUUUGUGCCAUACUUUGACUCUUUGGUGGAAAUUGUGACAAAAUGUGUGAAUGAAAGUUUCUACAAGGUUAGUGCAGCUGGCCUGAUUGUUCUCCAGUCACUGAUCAUUGUCCUUCAACGUACUGGAGGUGGAUCAAAGUAUCUGGAAGGAAUCUACAAUGUCAUCUUGUCUAAACUUGUGGUUGGCGACAUUGAUCAAGAAGUAAAAGAAAGAUCGAUCGCUGCUGGAGGUGUUAUUCUCGCCGCAUUUGGAAACGAAUUGAGCCCUAAACUGCCGGAAUUGUUACCUUUGCUGGUAGACAAGAUUAACAACGAGAUAACUCGACCAACUACAGUUCAGGCUUUCUGUGUUAUUGUCAAUUCGGCUGUCAUUGUGGAUUUGUCGCUGAUCUUGGAGAACUUGUUACUUCAACUGUCAGACUUUUUGAGGAAAAAUCAACGAGCAUUGAAAGUGAGUUAUUGUUUGACUUAUAGGUAUUGUUUUAGAUCGCUUCUUUGUCAUUGCUUAGCUCUUUGGUCACAAAGUAUCCGUUGGGUCAGUUACCUCCAGAAGGUAUCACUAAAGUCAUCAAUGAACUGCCACCACUGAUUUCGGAAUCUGACUUGUUUAUCAGUCAACUGUCUCUUCGAUUGGCCAAGGGUAUGUUUCUUUCAGUUUAUAAAAGGGGGUUCCCAAUCAGUUUUAUAUCAAAAUUUUUAUAUUAUUUUAGUCAUAACUCUUCUAUACUUUUAGAUUUGACUGAGAAGUUCCCUGUUGAAAUGUCCGGCUCUUUGGGAAAUAUUGUGGAUGCUUGUGUUACACUAGCCAACAACUCGAUCUUGGUUGGCAAUUUGUUGCAAUGGGCUGUCGAGUUGUUCACUAACAUUGUUUGUGAAAAUAUUCCUGGAAAGCCACAGUUCUUGGUAUACUUUUUUAUAAUUUUUCCUUUUGAUUUAAAAUUGGGUUUUUAAAAUAAUUUUUAAUUUUUUUGUUAAAUGUUUUUUGAUUUCAUCUUGUUUAAUUUAGGCAUUGAUGGAAGUUUUGACUGUUCAAAUCUACAGUAACAGCAAGAUCUGCACUCGCCAAACAUAUCAAAGCGUCGCUGUGAUUAUGGCACACUCCACGAAAGCCUUGAACAACCACGAAUACACCGUGAAGAUCAUCUCCGGUUUGGUCAACUUGCUGGAACAGAACCAAUCUGAUGGACUAGUUUUGUUUGCUCUGACAGCUUUGGGAGAACUUGGAAGAAUUUUUCCAGAAUCUUUUGCUGUGGCCAAAAUCAAUCCCGAAGAACUGAUUACUGCCAGCUUCAAUUCGGAGUCAGAAGAGCGUAAAACAGUUGCCAGUUUCGCUUUUGGAGCUUUGGCUAGUGGAAAUCUGGAGGUUUAUCUGCCAGCUCUGUUGAACGAGAUCAGAAAUCAACCGACUCGACAGUAUGUUCUGUUACACGCGUUGAAGGAAGUGAUUGCUUCACAGAAUCCUGAAAAUCACAGCUCUGUCUUCGAUUCGGCUGUGGAUGACAUCUGGACGGUUUUGGUUGGACAUAGCAACAGUAACGAAGAGAGCACCAGAAGUGUUGUCGCUGAGUGUAUGGGACGUUUGUGCCGUAUCUUUUUGGAUCUUCUUCUUCCCAGGUUGAUUGUAAGUUGGCUUUAUUUUGUUUUUUUAGGGUCUGAAAUCUUAUUGUAUUCUUAUGUUUUUAGGUACUACUACAUUUUUUAAAAUCUUUAUGUUGAAAUUGCUUUGAAAAAUAAUUUUUUAAUUUAGGAAUGUAGUACUAGUGGCAACGCGAAACAACGUUCUACUGCGGCGGGGGCCGUCCGCUUCAUGAUUGUGGACUCGAAAACGUCAUCAAACGACGCGUUGAGGGAGAACCUGGGGCCUUUGCUUCGCGCGAUCGACGACGACGAACUGGACGUGCGAAGAACGACCAUUAUGACUCUGAAUUCUGCGGCUCACAACAAACCCCGCUGGGUAAGUCGCCGAAAAAACAGCUUUGACCGCGUGUUCUUUUGUUUUUAACGUCUGUUUCAAUGCUUUCAGAUCAAAGAGUUGCUCCCCACCUUGUUGCCAUCUUUGUAUCGCGAAACCGAGAUACGUAAAGACCUGAUCCAUGAAGUGCAAAUGGGACCCUUUAAACAUAUUGUUGAUGAUGGACUCGGAUUGAGGAAGUCCGCUUACGAAUGGUAUGAUUUAAGGGUUUAUUUUAAAUUUAAAUUUAUUUUUGUUAUAUUUUAGGUAUUAUUUUCUAUGUAUAAUUAUUAUCAAAUUAUCAGUUUUGUUAAUUACUUUUUGAAGUUUUACAUUUUUUUAUUUUAGUAUGUACACUCUGAUGGAACACUGUUUGGAUCGUAUCAACGUGAGCGAAUACAUGAGCUACAUGGAAAAGGGUCUUCAGGUAGGUUUAGCUAAUAUUACGAUUAUUUUGAACAAUUAAAAAUGAAACUUCUAAUUUAUGCUGUUUAGGACAAUCACGACAUCAAGCUGCUCAACCUGUUGAUGUUGACCAGACUGGCUCAAACCUGCAGUGCUCAAGUCGCUCAAAAGAUUGACCGUUUUGCUGAUUUAUUGGCUGUAAGUGUGAAUUAUAUUUUUAUUUUAGUGUCAUUUAGGUUUUUUGUAUGUAUUUUAAAAAUAUAAGUGGUGUUUGAUUAAAAUUGGGUUUGGCAUUUAACUUUACUGUAACAUUUAUUUUUAGCCUCUUCUGGCUCUGAAAGCCAAGGAAAGUUCGGUGAAACAAGAGAGCGACAAGAUUGAAGAACUGAAACGAGCUUGUAUUCGAACUAUUUUAUCGCUAAAGGUGAGCGGCGACAAAACUUUUUCGACUUUUAUAGAAACAAAAGACAGAUAGCUUUUUUUGCGGCUAUAAUUAUAAAAAUACGGUUUAAAUCGUUAUUUUAAAGGUUUUUAUUUUCUGGAAAGUCAUAACACUUUGAUUUUUUAAAAUUUUUACCCUUUUAUCUUUCAGAGAAUCCCGGCAUUGGAUCGCUCAGCUCGCCUUCAGCACUGCUUCGAGACCGUGCAACUCGACCAGAAGUUGAAGGGCAUCCUAGAGUCACUGGAGAAGGACAACACUCUGAAAUUGUUAUCUGUCCACAAUCAGGACAUCCAAAUGGAAAAUGAUUACUAA